AUAAGGAGCCAGGCAGCUUAUUACUGGGCAACAGCACUAUCAGGGACUACCUAUACUUUGGCGUGAUUAUGGGCUGCGGGAAAGUAGUUGGUACGUCGGCCGCAUCAUUGGCGACUUACGUAUUGGCGUACGUACCUCCGCUUUAAGCUCGAGGCUUAGAUGGCAAGGAUCAACUGCUGCUGUCACCCAAAUUCGGUACUUAGUCCAGGCUACCUAAGCGUUUUGGUCGUGUGCGCGUGCUCCAUACUUGGUAUAACGGCAGGGUUUCCAAUCCAAGAGAAAAUCCCCCCCCCGAUAUUAUUACUUCCUGCAGUCUUCCCCUGGUGGAACUCCGACUUCUCCUCCUCCUCAGCUCGACUAUCGGCGUCUGCUCUCGCUUCUUUCUUCUUCUCCCCUUUCCUCUGUAUUAUUGCCACAUACAGAUCUCCUCUUGCCGCCCAUACCAUCUCCUUAUUUCUCGGCCUCCUGUUUUGCAUCUCAUCGGUCGGUCGCAUUGGGCUCGCGUCGGCUUCUUGUGUAUAUCCUCUGCGCCGUUGCAUUUCUACAACUUCAAGCUUGCUUUGAUACGCCGCGGUCGAGCCCGUUGCGCCAGCGCUUCGUCAUAGCCUCGUCUUAUGUUC